AUGUCACUGACAUCUGGUUACCAGGUUGGACACCAUAAAUCUUCCUUGUCCAAAGAGCGGACGCUCAAGUCGCUAUAUAUUGAUCAGCUUGUCAAAAUUCUGAAGCUCCAGAACCCUCGCACCGAGUUUGACCCAACAGGAGAGUACAGAAAUGGAGUUUUUGAUACCGAUCCAUAUCAGACUCUGUAUUUGUUCAUCGAUGUCAAAACGAACGGCACUGAAGCGUGGAAAUAUAUCUCUGAGAGCCUGCAGCCAUUGCGUGAAUUGAGGUAUUUGACUGGUGUUGUCAAAGGGGUGAAAGUUCCAGGUCCUAUUACAGUAAUUGGAACUGGCAAUACGCCCCUCAGCCUCGUCAGCGGACUAGACACCCGUGACUUUUUUUACGAUGGGCCACUCUCUGGCCUUGAAUCCCGGAACAUCACGGAUCUUAUAUCACCGGUCGCAUCCACGAGCCUCACAGGGGCGAUUGGUUCUAUAGGUUCGGAUAACAUACCAUUUACCGACGCUCAACUCGAAAUCAUUAAGGCGCAGAUUAAGGUUGCAAAGAGUAGGAAGAUUCUUGCUCGGUACUGGGGGACGCCAGGGUGGCCGAUUCGUAAACAAAAUGAAAUAUGGAGAGCAUUGUUGAAUGAAGGUGUUGGGUUGUUAAAUGUGGAUGAUCUUAGGGCAGUCGGAGAAUAUUUUUAA